AUGAUGUGUGAAAGUAUCAAACCUCCAUCAAAAGACGGCGUCACAAAGAGUAACCCCAGUAAACGACACCGUGAGCGUCUCAACGCAGAGCUGGACACCCUGGCCUCCCUCUUGCCCUUCGAACAGAACAUACUCAGCAAGCUGGACCGCCUCUCCAUCCUGCGACUGUCUGUCAGCUAUUUGCGCACCAAAAGUUACUUCCAAGGUCAGUUAGACUUUCUGAAAAGCUUUGCCCAAAUUGAUAAACUAAGAUACAGUUUUUAA